CCCGCCCCAUCCAGCCUCUUCCCUGCGCGGCUCCGGCGGCCGCAUCCCGGGACUCUGGCGGGCACGCCGAGCUGCAGCCAUGGCUGUGACCGCUGAGGGCGCCCGCAGGAAGGAGCGCGUCCUCUGCCUGUUUGACGUGGACGGGACCCUGACGCCAGCUCGGCAGAAAAUUGACCCUGAGGUGGCUGCUUUCCUGCAGAAGCUGCGAAGUAGGGUGCAGAUCGGUGUGGUGGGCGGCUCGGACUACUCUAAGAUUGCUGAGCAGCUGGGAGAGGGGGAUGAAGUCAUUGAGAAGUUUGAUUAUGUGUUUGCUGAGAACGGGACAGUGCAGUAUAAGCAUGGACGGCUGCUCUCCAAGCAGAGCCCUGUGACCCUUGCCCAGACCAUCCAGAGCCACCUCGGGGAGGAGCUGCUGCAGGACUUGAUCAACUUCUGCCUCCGCUACAUGGCCCUGCUGCGGCUGCCCAAGAAGCGUGGGACCUUCAUCGAGUUCCGGAAUGGCAUGCUGAACAUCUCGCCCAUCGGCCGGAGCUGCACCCUGGAGGAGAGGAUCGAGUUUUCCGAACUGGACAAGAAGGAGAAGAUCCGGGAGAAGUUCGUGGAAGCCCUGAAAACUGAGUUUGCUGGGAAAGGGCUGAGGUUCUCCCGAGGAGGCAUGAUCAGCUUUGACGUCUUCCCCGAGGGCUGGGACAAGCGCUGCUGCCUGGACAGCCUGGACCAGGACAGCUUCGACACCAUCCACUUCUUUGGGAACGAGACCAGCCCCGGUGGCAAUGACUUUGAGAUAUAUGCUGACCCCCGGACUGUGGGCCACAGCGUGGUCUCCCCUCAGGACACGGUACAGCGAUGCCGCGAGAUCUUUUUCCCAGAGACAGCCCAUGAGGCAUGACCGGGACGUCCAGAGACCUCCGCCCAGUCCUGAAGAGAGCCCCCGGCCCAGGAUACCUGCCUCACACGGCCUGCUGCAAGGCCCACCAUGACGAGGCAGGGUCUACGUGGACGACUGUCCCCAGCAGUCAGCUCCCGGUGGGACUGGCUCCGUCCUCCACCCCGAUGGCACUGGCCACAGCUGCUGCUUGUACUUGUGAACAGAACGGGUUUCUGUCUACACUGGGAGGAGGUGUGUGAAUGUUGGUACGAGACAGAGCCCGCCCUGCCUGCCUGUCGCAGACGGGCGCAGAGCAGCGGGGAAGGUACGGUGUUUGCUAGAACUUUAUCACAUACAUUAAAGUUACUGGAACAAGGUA